AUGGAGUCUCCGCCGUCCCCGCCGUCCCCAUCCGACGCCCUUCUUCUCCGCCAGGGCGGUAAACCUCUUCCGCCCGCCUCUCAAUGCUUCCCCUGGCGCCCCCACCAUUUCUCCGCGCGCCUCACUCCGCACGGUGCUUCCUCUCCUGGCGGAAGUUCCGCCGUCCCCCACGCGCGCGGAAACACACCUACGUUGGAGGCGUGCCGAACGCAGCAGGCGAGUCAAGGCAGCACGGAUACGCGGGCUUUGGUUAGUGGCGCUGGGAAAGGGCGCGAGGAGGCGGGAGGCGCGGAUAACCCGGAAGCGCAAGCCCGCGCAGUACAGGCGGAGGGGAUGAGCGGAAAACCGGAGGAUUUAGCGCAGCGUGCGCGGCUUGCGGAGGCGCAGGUGGACAUGGCGGAGUUACAGGCGCAGGUGGUAUGCGCGGAGCUGCAGUGGAUACGGAGCGCCGUGGAGAGGCAAGAGGCGGGAGUAGCCGCCGUGCUGGCGGAACUGGCGGGGCUGCGCCAGCGCGUGCACCGCGCGCGAAGGUGCGCGGAGGGGGGAGAUGGCGGGGACGGGGCGCAGGAGUCUGGGGAAGGGAAGAUGCGCGAGGUGCAGCAGGUUGAAGCUGCUGUAGCGUCUGCGGAGGCGCGGCUAUGGCGGGUGGAGGCGGCUGCUGCUGAUGCGCGCGCCUCACUCAUUGCCCUGGGCGGCGAAGCGGGGGGAUUGGGGGGAUUGGGGGGAUUGGCGGGAAUUGGGGCCGGGGAAGGCGGCAAUGUAGGUGGAUUGUGUGGUGAGUGCUGGUGCGAGAGUGGGCUGGGUAACCGUCCAGUGGAAGGCGGGAUUGGGGUUGGAUGUGGUGGGGAGGUGUGUGGGAGGAUGAGAGGGUGUGCGGUGCUUGAGGGGUACGGUGUGGGGGAGGUGGGUUUGAGCGCAGCAGAAUUUGCUCUGGAGCUACAGAGACGGUUAGAGGAAGUGCAGAAAGAACUGGUAGCUAAGGGGCAGGGGCACAGAGUGGUGCAGGAAAAGGAGAGGCGUGGAGUGGUGGAGGGGCCAGCAGGGGGAGUCGAGGGAGCUGGGGUUUCGCCCUCAGUGGAAGGAAAAGGGGAGCAGCCAAUGGUGGAGGGAACAGAGCGGGUGAAAGGGGCCGGGCAGGCGAGUGGUGGGGUUGAAACAGAUGGAUUUUCAGUUUGUGAAAAGGCUUGUGAGAAAGGGACAAAAGAGAGUAAUUGUGAAUUGUUGGUUGGGAAACAGUCAAGGUUGGAAGUCACUGGGCGGGACGGAGAGGUGAUGAAGCCAGAGGGAGAGGCAUUAUCAGGUGCCGGUGAAUUGAGGUUUUGGGAUAGAAUAAGCGGGGAGAGCAAGCUGCUUUCGGGUGGGGGAGGGAAUGGAGGUGUUCAGGGAGCUGCUGCUGAUUUCGGUGGUGGGAAGGAUAUCCACGUGAACAUUGGCCUCACAAGCUCAGCAACAAUAUUGGCAUCACAAGCACGAGUCAACUCAACGCAAAUGCACCAGAACCAGUUGUUUGGGAGUAAAGCACGCCAGUGGCAGCCGGUGUCAAGAACAGAGGACCAAGAAGAGGCCAAGAUUCUUCGGGAUGCAAUGGAGUAUCUUAAAAAGGAAGUAGAACGGGCACAGAAAGCAGCACCACCAUUGGGUGCAAUAUGA